AUGUCGCUUUUUCUUGGAUUAUUGAUCUGCAUUUUUACAAUUUACAUGUCUUCAUUAGUUUCCGCUGCUUCAGAUUCUGGUUUUUCCAACUCCCCUACAUUUUCAAACUUGAUUUCAGAAGAACAACAUGUCAAAUUCACAAAAAGGCUCCCGAAUCCUUUAACCAACGGUGAUGAAGAGAAGAUUUAUAUAUGUAUGGAAAAGAACUUUCUGGUUUUCGAAAACAACGGCUCAAUAUCUAAACAAAUACCUCUUAACUACACUUGUAAUGCUGGCAUAACGCCCGUUCUUGGAGCUUCAGGAAAGGUAUAUUUGGUUGCAGAAAACCGAGUACUACAAAUCAAUACUAUGAAUGUUCUGGCUAAUGAGUCUGUUGUUGAAGUGUUCUUGGGUCCAGAAAAAGGUUUAGAAGGGAUGGAUGAGAUUAUUGGGAUGGCAGUAAGCAUAACUAGUUCUUGUGUUAUCGUCAAUAUGAAUAGAAGAGGGCUCUUUGCUUUCAGGUUAGAUGGAAAACUUAUUUGGAGUGCCGGGCCUGUAAUUACUCAAAUGGGGUACUUUCAAGGUUGUAGGAAAGAUGUCACGGACUGCUAUUUUGUUUCCGUGCCUGUACUUGAUCAUUGUGAUGCUAAUAUAUAUGUCUCUAAUAAUCAAGGAGAGUUGUAUUCGGUGUCUAUGCGUGGUCCUUAUUUUAAGUGGAUACAAGAUUUAAGCUCAUUGGGAGGGGAUUUCUUUAUUACUGCUGGAAACAAUGGUCAACUUUAUGUCACUGUACAAGAUAAACCUGUUGUUCUUGCUCUUGAUGUUAUAACUGGAAAUGUUAUUUGGCAGCAAAGUGUCGGGCCAUUAAGUUCAAAUGACUCUGCUCCAGUUGUUGAUGCUAAUGGUUGGGUAUCUAUUGGUUCAUUGGAUGGGUAUCUUUAUUCAAUAUCGCCAUCUGGAGUUGUAACAAAAUUCCCAAGGAGAGAGAUUCGGGAUGCAGUGAUUCAAGUCAAUCCGGUACUUGACUGUUCUGGCUUAGCGGUUUAUAUAUCUCAGACAAAGAUGGAAGGAAUACCUAGCCAGAAUAUCGGCGAAUACACAUAUGUUUCAGGAAUGAAACCACUAAAAAUCGUUUUCACAUUGUUGGUUCCGGCAACAGGAUCUGUUUAUUGGUCUGAAAGCUAUCCUGGUGAAUUGUCGAGCAUAUUCCCUGAGAGUGGUCUAAGGAAUUUUGUUGUAGAUGGAAGGAUACUUCUUCCAUUUCUUUCCAUUUCAAAUAUCGGCAAUCCACUUUCAUGCUUUAGCACAAGUCAGAAGCUUACAUCAAGCUGUUCCAAAAUGGAUGUCAAAAAAGUUAUCAUCUACACAGGCAAUGAGAAAACAAUCGAAUUAUUUCUCUUCUUCGAAACAAUAUUGUUGAUAGUAGUAGCAGCCCUGGUAAGAUUUUGCUGUGUAUUUUGGAAGAAAAAGAAGCUUCAAAACCAAAAUCUUAGAAACUUUCUUGAGAAGAGAUCUUCUCUUCGGUUUCAGAAGAAAGUAUUUGACAGAACAAUCACUGAACUUGAGAAAAAAGCAGCAGAGGGGCCAUCAACCAAUGAAAUGUUAGAACAACUCGACGAUUUGGUGAAAGAAAGAGAAACCAUAGAGCGGAAAUUAUUAACCACUUAUAGUUUAGGAAGGGAUACUACAAGCCCAGAACCAAAACCACUACUUCCACUCUCUGAUAAGAAAACCAAGAGUUUUUCUAACAAAACUGAGCAAAAAGAUAGUGUCACUAUGUUUAAUACAAUGGAUGACACUUCUUCAGAGGACGGUGAGAGUAAUGAAGAAGUCGAUAAGACAGAAUCAAAAGGGAAGGCUCCAUUGGAGACAGAAAGCUCUAGUGACGACGAUGAGACAAUUGUGCCAGCACAAGGAGUGAAGAUUCUUGAUGAGAAAGAUGACUUGCAGAUUGGUGGCACAAGUGUGCGAAGGAGAUUCUUUUACAAGGAAGUUUGA